AUGGUCAAGACGCAGCAACCUUCGUCGCUGCCACAGCUACUACACCCACGCAGCUGCAUGACCCCACUCACGUGGCUUGCAGACACGGGUGCUUCACACCACCUCACCUUCGUCAAGGACGCCUUCGUGGAGCUGUCACCGCACCUGCAACAGCACCAUCCACGCCACAUCACUGCGUUUGGCGGCACACGUGUGCCCGUGCGCGGUGUUGGCUCUGUGCUGUUGCAUGCACGCACGACGAGCGGAGCCAGGAUGCAGAUUGUGCUACAGGAGUGCCUCUACGUGCCCGAGGGCCACGCCAACCUCAUCGCCCUCGGUCGUCUGACAAGGGACAGCAGCGGCAGGCCAACGGGCCACUCGCAGCGUGAUGGCGCUGAUGGGCACUACGUGCGCUUCAGCCACGGAGCCGAGGUCAAGCUGAAGGAGCGCAACAGCCUCCGGUGCUGGCCCAUUGUUGCUGUUGGUCCAUCCACGGCACACGGACUCACCGCCGAUGCCUGCAAGCAACCACAGCAACCCGCAGCAGCUCCUGCAGCCCAGAGCAAGGUGCAGACACCAUCGAUGCAUGAGGUACUUGGCCACCGCAACGACAACGACGUGCAGCAGUACUGCAAGCUGAUGGGCAUCGAUGAUUGCAACGCCAUCAGCAGCAAGCAGUGUACAACGUGCGCAGUGACCAAGAGCACUCGUCACAGCGUCAGCAAGCACGCGGAACGCACACAGGUGCCCGGCGAGCGCAUCCACGCCGACAUCGUCGACUGGACCGCGGACUCACCCACGGGCAAGCGCUACAGCCUCGUCAUCGUCGAUGAGGGAAGCAAGCUCCUGCAUGCAGUCCAUCUCAACGCCAAGAAGGACGCAGUUGCCGCGUUCCAGUCUUUCCUGCGCGAGACCAAGCUCCCCAUCUCGCCCACAACAACAGCACUCCAGACGGAUUCCGAUGCCAUCUUCCUCGGAGCUGACUUCCAGGCCAUCGUCAAGAAGCACCUGAAGCAGCACCAGCAGUCCCCGCCGUACACCCAGGCGCAGAACGGCAUCGUCGAGCGACAGGUGCGCACCCUCUCCGACAUGGUGCGAGCCAUGAUCACGGGUGCAGGCCUUGACGCAUCGUACUGGAGCCUCGCCUGCAACCACGCCCUCCAUAUCCUCAACAACAUGCCUCGCCCUUCCCUCCACGGCAAGACACCGCUGCAAAUUGUCACGGGCUCGCUGCCCAAGCACCUGCCGCAGCUGCACGUCUUCGGGCAGCCGGCCGUCGUCCACAUCAGCACACAGCGCGGUCGCCUGCAGCCCAAGGGUCGUCGAGGCAUCUACGUCGGCCACAACAGCAGCAGCAACAGCCACCUCGUCUACUUUGCAGACACAAACACUGUUGUGUCCUCCAUCCACGUCCGCUUCCUUCCCUUCUCCAAGGCCGAUGAUGUCGUGGAUGAGGGGGAGCAAGUUCAGACAUCCACGCAAUCUUCCAUGCUCCAGCGUCGCAGGGACGUGAGUGCAGCACAAGUGCCACGUGACGGCGAGCCACCAACUUUUCUCUUCUAG